AGGGACAGCACUUAAGGCAGUACAGUGAAGAGAGCCCCUUUGUCCCUGAGAAUCCUGGGGCUCCCAUGCUGCCAAGGGAACUGCGGGCCUCAGGCCUCCAGCAGGAGCCUCCUACCACCCACCUCCUGGAUGACAGCCACACUCAGGUGAGGUGCCUUAGUGCUGCCGACCAGAAGGUUGAUAUCACUGGACAGGGUCCAGGUCACUACAUGUCCAUCAGGCAGCCCCUGCAGGCUGGCGCCUGGGCAGCACAGCCUCGAGGGGGAUGCUGGCCUCCCAGUGUGGCCCCGGGGGCCCUCCAGUAUUCUCCCCUGCACCUGGGGGGCCACAGCUCACGCCGGCACCUAUCUCAGCACCCGGAGCUUCUGGACACCCAUGAGGCAGGACGCUGCUACGCCCUAGACACAGGGGCUGAGGGUUGUUCCACUGGCACCCAGGAGCCUUCCGGGGCCAGCCUUGUGGACAAAGCCAGCCAGCCACCAAGGGCAGACAGCUCCAGGUGGGCGGCUGGAGAAAGCAGCGGGGUCUCUCCCCAGAAGACACCCCUGCUGCAUUCCCUGGCCCAGGAGGGGACAUGCCAGCUGGAGAGCAGCCAGGGUGGCGGCACAGCAAGGCCUUCGCCGAUCGAGGCACAGGUGGGCAGACCCACGCGGAGGAGUGACCGGUUUGCCACCACCUUGCGUAAUGAGAUCCAGAUGCGCAGAGCCAGACUGCAGAAGAGCAGAAGCACGGUGGCUCUGACCAGUGCUGGAGAGGGGGAAGAUGCUGCCAGCACCCCGCCAGAAGGACCCUUCUCCGGCACCUACAAGGACCACCUGAAGGAGGCCCAGGCACGGGUCCUGAGGGCCACGUCUUUCCAGCGCCGUGAUUUAGACCCCCACCCAGUGGAGCAGCACUCAGGGUCAACAGAACAUAGGACGAGGCACCAUGGCGCCUCACCCUCAGUCCCUGGGGACCCAGACUCUGUGCCCCAGUUGUGGGAAGCGGGCCUGGCCAAGACAGCCUCCUCUGGAAGCGGCAUGCCCCACAUUUCCCGCAUCGGAGGCCGGAAACGGUUCACAGCAGAGCAGAAACUCAAGUCGUACUCUGAGCCAGAGAAAAUGAAUGAGGUGGGCCUCUCGGGGGCCUACGGCCCUCACCAGCACCCCAGGACACCAGAGGAUACUAUGGGCUCUUUUGCCGACAGAUGGAAGUUUUUUGAGGAAACAAGCAAACUGGUUCCCCAGGGGCCUGGGCAGAGACAAGUGCCUCAUGCAUUCCUAAGAGAGAAGCUGGAGAGACCACAGCCAGCUGGCCGAGGGCGUGAGGGCACCGAGCCCUGGUCCCGCAGCAGCUCCUUUGGGGAAAGCCUCGUUAGUCACAGAAAAGCAGAAAAGGUAGGGAAGUUGGAAGCCCCACGGCGACUUGGAACCUUUGCAGAGUAUCAGGCCUCUUGGAAGGAACAGAGGAAACCUCUGGAAGCCAGGAGUUCUGGGCGGUAUCACUCAGCUGAUGACAUUCUGGAUGUGGGUCUGGACCAACACGACAAGCCGCAGUUCAUUCACGAAAGAUCCCGGUCCUCACCGUCCGCAGACCACUAUAAACAGGAAGCUUCUGUCGAACCACGAAGGCAGGCGGAGGACCCCAGGGAGUGCAGAGAACCUCCCUCUGCAGUCUGUGCUGAGGAGGGACAGUCUACUUUGAGACAAGCAGAUGCCCCGUAUCCGGAGGGCAGUCUAGGAACAGGACGGCGCCCCCUGAAUCACAGCCCGUGGAAGCCGCCCACAUCCUCUGAGUUCCCUGACGCCCGGGAGGGCCGCAGCCGAGCGGGGACACUACCUCGUGACUACAGAUACCCAGAGGAGGGCCCCCCUGCAGACUCGGGGCCGCAAAUCUGGGGACAGGACUCACGGCCAGUGAGCACCGCCCCACCAGUGCCCAGAAAGUGCCGCGGCCCCGAGGGCGCAUCUGCCCGCGAGCACCUGGCGGCCCCCAGAGGGGCCCUCCCUGCGCCCCCGGAGGACACGUGUGCGGCUCGCCUGUCCCUACCCCACGGCCCCUCGGUGUCCAGCGCCCAUCCCCAGGACGUCCCGGAGGCCGCUGCCCGCCAGCAUGUGAGCCAGGCUGCCACCUGCCCUGAGCCGCAAGCCCUGCCGCCUCCCGCAGACCCAGCCCAGAACACAGCCAUGGAGACCUCACGCUCCCCCUCACCUCAGUUCGCCCCCCAGAAGCUGACAGAUAAGCCCCCCCUGCUCAUGCAGGAUGAGGAGUCAACAAGAAUCGAGCGGGUGAUGGACAGUAACACCACAGUGAAGAUGGUGCCCAUCAGGAUCGUGCAUUCCGAGACCCAGCCGGAGAGAGAGAGCCGCCAGAGCCUGGCGUGCCCCGCUGAGCUGCCCGCCCUGCCCAGUGGGCUGCAGAAAGACCAGAUCAAGACGCUGAGCACGUCCGAGCAGUGCUACUCCCGCUUCUGCGUGUACACACGGCAGGGCGCCGACCCGGAGCCCCCCAGCGCCCAGGCGCCCCUGGAGAAAGAUGGCUGCGCCUCCCCUCCGGGGCUCGGCUACGUCAAGGCCAAAGAGAAGACCGUGGAAGACCUCAAGUCGGAGGAGCUGGCCCGGGAGAUCGUGGGGAAGGAUAAGUCCCUGGCCGACAUCCUGGAUCCCAGUGUGAAAAUAAAGACCGCCAUGGACUUGAUGGAAGGCAUAUUCCCCAAAGACGAGCACCUCCUGGAAGAAGCUCAGCAGCGCAGGAAGCUGCUCCCCAAAGUCCCUUCCCCUGGAACCACAGAGGAGCGGAAAGAUGAGCCACGUGUACCUGCAGCCGUUUCCCUGGCCACCAAUUCUGCCUACUACAGCACGUCAGCCCCCAAGGCAGAGUUACUGAUCAAGAUGAAGGACCUGCAGGGUCAGCAAGAGCCUGAGGAGGACUCAGGGAGUGACGUGGACCAUGACCUCUCCUUGAAGAAGGAGCUCAUUGAGAGCAUCGGCCGCAAGCUGCAAGUGCUCCGGGAAGCCCGGGAGAGCCUGCUGGAGGACGUGCAGGCCAACACCGCGCUGGGGGCCGAGGUAGAGGCCAUCGUGAAAGGUGUCUGCAAACCCAGUGAGUUCGACAAGUUCCGUAUGUUCAUCGGGGACCUGGACAAAGUGGUCAACCUCCUGCUGUCACUGUCAGGCCGCUUGGCCCGGGUAGAAAAUGCCCUCAAUAAUUUGGACAACAGCGCUUCUCCUAGCGAUCAGCAAUCCUUGCUCGAGAAGCAGAGAGUCCUCAUCCAGCAGCACGAGGAUGCCAAGGAGCUCAAGGAGAACCUGGACCGCAGGGAGCGUGUGGUCUUUGACAUCCUGGCCAACUAUCUCAGCGAGGACAGCCUUGCCGACUAUGAGCACUUUGUGAAGAUGAAGUCAGCUCUCAUCAUCGAGCAGCGGGAGCUGGAAGACAAAAUCCACCUCGGCGAAGAGCAGCUGAAGUGCUUGUUUGACAGCCUUCAGCCUGACAGAAGCAAAUAAGAGCUCCGGCCCCAGCAGAGGCAAAACAUGAGGCCUCCGAGCACCGUCCCAAGGAUACUGGUGGAAAAAAUGCCAGCCUGUAUUUAUAUCCCAGAGAGGGCCUCCUCCUGAAGCAGAGGGGCUAGUAGAAAAGCAAUAACUCUAUCUCUGUUUGGGAUGAUUUAUUUAAUUUUUUAGUUUCCCUUUGAACGCUGAGCAGAGAGGCUCACUGUUAGCUGUUUUUCUUUAAGCAUAACUACACCUGGCACUAGGCCCUGCCAAAUGGUGAAUUUCCCCAUGCUGGCUCUGGUGCAUGUAAGUGCUCCUUUUCCGUGGCAAAUCUUCUGCUCCUCCCGUCUUCAGAUGCCCAACCAGCCAUCUGGGAAGUGGCCAGCACAUCAUUAGCUGCAUGAGAGGGGACACCCUGGCAUGUGUUCUCCUGCGAUCCCUCAGGGCAUGGACUGCCGUGUUGUCCCUGCUUAUUAACAGUGUGAGCGUUCCUUGUCUGUUGUGUGAUCACGUUCUCUGACCCAGCAAAAACAGUGUGGAUAACUUAUUAACAUUUUGGAAAGGUAAAUAGUUCUGUAGUGGUUACAAACCGACUGUGAAAUGAGCAGCCUGCAUCUUGGGUUCCCUCAUACUGAGAUUAAAACCAUGAUGUCAAGAAAUAAUAAUGCGCAUGCUUUGAAACACUCACAAAGCCAACAAGUAGCUUUAGUCCAGAAUUCUCACUCAGCAUCCCAGUCUAAAUGUUGUUUUCCUGUGAAGUAAAUUGUGUAGUUAAAAGUUAUGUCCAGUGAUAAUGUGCUUGUUACCUGUUCCCCGAGACCAACAGAGGAUUUUUAAGCUUCUUCCCUCAAAGCUUAAAAAUCGGAGUAUUUUUUAGUGUGAGCAUUGUUGUGAAUGGUAAUUAGCUACUUUUC